AUGCAUAUCCUGAUCACCAAUGACGACGGCCCGCCGUCAAACCAGUCAUCGCCUUAUGUUCAUUCCCUUGUCCAUGAACUCCAGUCGGCGGGGCACAUAGUUUCGGUUGUUCUCCCACACCAGCAGCGUUCAUGGAUUGGCAAAGCGCACAUAGUGGGUGCAUCUGUGAAACCAACAUACUUUCGCCCGGGUACCCUACACCAAGACGAUGGGACAACACACCACCUACCGCGGGGUAGCGACGGCGAGUCCGAUGACGGCGGCGAUGAAUGGAUCCUAAUAAACUCAACCCCAGCAAGCUGCGUUCAGAUCGGUCUCUACCACUUUUUCCAGGAGCGCGGUCCGAUCGAUGUCGUUGUUUCCGGCCCCAACUACGGUCGUAAUAGUACAGCGUUGUUCGCCUUGUCCAGCGGAACCAUUGGUGGCGCUAUGGAGGGUGCUGUCUGCGGAAAGCCUUCUAUCGCCUUGUCAUAUGCUUUCAGCUCUCGGAACCACGACCCUGUAGUCAUCGCUGAAGCUUCGAAGCACUCUGUCAAGUUGAUCGAGUAUCUUUGCGCUAAUUGGGUCAACGGCGUGGAUCUUUAUACCGUCAAUGUUCCGCUAGAGCCUGGCGUAAGCCAAAAUAAGGUUCUAUACACAGAUAUGCUAAUUAACAAGUGGACAUCUGGAAGUUGUUUCCAGGCUGCUGACCCUGAUGCUGCUGGUGAUGAUCCGGAAUUGGAUGAGAAGCGACUUCGUAUUGAAAGCGAGUUGACAGGGCAGAAGGCUGAUGCCGCUAAUGGAGAUAAACCCCGUCACACCAGAUUCCAGCAUAAGCAUUUCAAGUGGGCACCAAGCUUCCAAGAUGUGUAUCGCAGUGUUGAGGAAAGCGAGCCUGGAAAUGACGGCUGGGCCGUCAAAGAGCAAAUGACUAGUGUCACGCCUCUAAAGGCUAGUUUCAUGCACGCCCCCGGUAUCACGGGCGAGAUUAAGCUUUCAGAUAAACAAUCCACGUCUAGCCUGCCCACAGUGUACUCUAUUAUCGACUGUGAUGUUCCUUAUGUCGGAGAACUAGUCGAAAGAGCAUUGUCACGUCGUUUGGGAGAUAAGGCCUGUUCCAAACGCAUCUCAUCGAUUGACGAGUUGCCAGAACGCUCUGCACCGGUCUUUCAAUACCGUGAAUAUGAACGCCUCGAAUUCGAACAUAUUCUCUCAAGACCAUCGACUUCUCUUGGGAAUGCGUAUAUCAUUCGAAAAGCUUUGAUCCGCAAGCAUUACCUUUCAAACACGAUCGCCAAUUGGGUUUCCAAACAUCCAGACAGCAUUUUGAAAAACCAUUUCAAGCCUGCAUUUGACUUCGAACUGGACUAUGCCGAGUUCCUCGACGAUGCCUUACUUGAGGCCUACGAGCUUCGCGAGAGUCUAGAUAAGAAUGAGGAGCGCCCUGAGUCUGAAAAGGAAUGGUGGAUUCUCAAGCCUGGCAUGAGUGAUCGCGGUCAAGGAAUCCGUCUUUUCAACAGCGAGGCCCAACUACAAGAGAUAUUUGAGGAAUGGGAAGAGGACUCCGAUGAUGAACAGAGCGGUUCUGAAAAAGACGAAGCCGAAGCUGAUGAUGAUGAUGAAGAUGAAGCUCAACCCCACGAUGCUGGUGUGGUCACCUCUCAACUUCGUCAUUUCAUUGCCCAGCCCUACAUUGAUCCACCACUCCUGCUACCAUCAUCCUCGAAUCGCAAGUUCCACAUCCGUACCUACGUUCUCGCCAUAGGAUCAUUAAAGGUAUACGUCUUCAGGGAGAUGUUGGCCCUGUUCGCCGCAAAGCCAUACUGUGCACCCCAUGAAGAAGAUGAUGAGGUCAAAGAUCUAGCCCGUCAUCUCACCAAUACUUGUUUCCAAGAAGGCGGCAGUUCAAAUGAAGGCAGUGUCCGCCGCUUCUGGGACCUCGAUCACCAUGUCCCCGGGCUGUCAGCUGACUGGAAAGAGCAGAUCUUCUCACAGAUUUGUGCUGUAACCGGUGAGGCGUUUGAAGCUGCGGCCAGGGGAAUGAUGGUUCAUUUCCAGACUCUGCCGAAUGCUUUUGAGCUGUUUGGUGUCGAUUUCUUGGUUGAUAGUACUGGGGCUGCAUGGCUGCUAGAGAUGAAUGCCUUCCCUGAUUUUGCGCAGACGGGUGAAGAUCUCAAAGAGAUUGUCGUUGGACGGUUGUUCGAAGAGACCAUUGAUGUUGCCGUGAAGCCAUUCUUUGGCCUUGAGGAUAACGAGGGAAAGGGAAAUAUGAAGCUGGUGGCAGAUCUAGAUCUUGGUAGACGUGCAUAA